AUGCUUGACUUCGCCAGAGCAGAUGACAGUCUCGCCAGGCUUAAGCCCGCUCUCAGUCUCAGUAAAGGCUGCUUGCUAUGUCUGGCACAGAGAGUUGGAACAUAUCUCAAGUCCAAAAUCCGUGAUCUGUUCGAGCCGUCGAGCGCAUCUCCCACUUGGAUGGGAGACCGUUCUUCCAGACCAGAGACCACACUUCAACCUUCACUCUUCACUCUGCAAUCUGCAAUCUGCAAUCUGCAAUCUUCAAUCUUCAAUCCUCAAUCUUCAAUCCUCAAUCUUCAAUCCUCAAUCUUCAAUCCUCAAUCUUCAUUCUUUAAUCUCCAAUCUUCAAUCUUCAAUUUGAGCCUACCCUCAAGCAAGCAAGAAAGCAUUCAACCAAUUAUAUCAAUGCACAUAAAAACGCCGGAAGACGACUACACGUCCUCCUCCUCCUCCUCCUCUUCUUCUCCCUCCUCCGCUACCGUCCCCAUCUCGAUCCGAGACCUGCCCAACGAGCUGCUGUCACAAAUCUGCGAAUGUCUGGACGAACCACCACCAUCCACUGCCGCGUUACACCAUGAGCCGCAUUUCGGGCUGACUCGAUCCGACAACGCCCCUCUGAAGGCUGUCUCUCUUGUUUUCAGGAGAUUCAGAGCGGCGAGCCUACCGGUGCUCUACAAGGCUUCCCGAUUUUCUGUCCACGUCCCCGAUCGGCCGACUACUCAACGUUCCAUAUUGAGCGAACAGAUCCAACCAUUCCUGGACUUCAUCAUUUCCUCCUCUUUGCAGAAUAGUGUCAGAUCUCUCGCUCUUCUAGUCCACGACGAGAGAGUCACGAAUGUUCCGAGCGGCCAGUCGCGGAUCAAUGAGUUCUAUUCUUUCUGGUCUCUCUUGUUUCAAGUCGUCGAUCCGGUCAGACUCAUCAUCGCUGCCCCUCCAAGGGCUCUAGGCGCUCUCACUUCUUGUCAUGUUCAUCUUAAGGGUGCCUGGCGGUUUGAUAGCCAAUGCCAAUAUAUUUGCCUCGGGAGAGAGUCGAAAGCAGCUCCCUCAAUCGCUCAAAGCGAACCCUCAGGAAUUGCAAGCGGAUUGCCUCCGAUCGAACCCUAUCCAGGAGAUCGCGUCGCUCGUGCCGAUUCGUCCGCACUGUUUGAUGUUCGAAAUUGGGAUACACUGUUGCUCAACGAAGGCUCUUUCAUCAAAGCAUAUCAAACGAAUGAGUAUAAUCAUAAUUGGCUUAGGACCCCCCCAUCGAUCUUGCCAGACUUGGUAGGAGCAGAGACAGAGAACCACAAGGCCUACAUAAGCCCUACUAUCAGAGAUAUGUCCUACGUUGGUAUGUUUCCGACGCUCCGCCACUUCUCUGUCCUCGUAAAGUUUUUGCCAAGGGUUGAUAGAUUGUUCGUUCAACUCGUACCUAAGAACGACAUUCUGCAGGAUGCCCGAAAGAUGGCAAAUACUGAAGAAGAAGACCUAUGGAUGGAGAGGAAUUCUUGUUACGCACAUCUGAUGCGAGAGCUGUUCAGCGACUCACCGCAGUCGAAUUACCAGCACCUUCAGAUAUUUGAAUCUGGAGAUGCUGCGGACCGUGAUGCAUGGUUGUUGGCUGUAGGAUAUGUGGAGCGAGCCGGGGGCAGUUGGAAAGUCGCCGGCGAUGGGAUACUCGUAAGAACUACGGAAGGGGAUGAGAGCCCCAUCUUCUUGAUUCAAUGCAUAUGCCGAUGCUUGGGGAUAUAUGGCUCAGGAUCUGCAGAUGAUCCAGUCACUGUCUCAUUGGGAACAGGACUAAAAUCUGAAUUUCUGAAUGGACAAGAUCUUACACUCGCUUCAUCGUGCAGCCCAUUUGCGGAAUUGGGCGUUUACUGCAACCCGUUCAGCCUUCAGACCCCCAAAAAGGUGCCUAGCUGA